AUGCUUGAUGUAGUUUUAGCAAUUUCAUUAUGUGGAUUAGUGGCUCUAUUCAUCACUCCGGUGAAUUCUCAUACAUCCCGAUUUAAAUAUUUUUCGAAUAGAGAUCCAAUGGAAAUAAUUUAUAGGAUUAAAAAAGAAGAAGAAUUACUUGCUAUCAGGGAUGAAUCGUCACAAAAUAUUGUCACAACACCACAACAUACUUCAACUAGUAUUGUACCACACUCGAGACCUGAUAAUAAUCAAUUAAUGAUAUUAAGGGAUCCUGUCAUUUCCAAUCCCUCAUGGUUGGUUCAUGUGACACCACUCUCCUCCCCAGUAAAUUCGACCAAUAUGGUAGUUCAUAUUUUGACCAAUUCCUUGAUGGGAAAAAUGUUUCAAUACAUGAUGAAGACGUUUGAGAAAGUCAGAAAGGAAAGAAAACAGCCAGCUACUGCGUUACCUAUGUCUACAAACGUGGGCCAAGCACCACCGCAAAUAUUGAACACAAAAUCCUUAAUUCAUCAUUCACCAGUGAAAUAG